AUGGAGGGAGAAAGUAAGAAGCUGGCAUCUGUGUCCAAUCUGGUGACUGUGUUUGAGAACAGCAGGACUCCAGGAGCAGCAUCCAGAGUCUGCAAGCUGGAGAUUGAACAUUGCCACCCUGGGUGCAGGCAUCCCCCACCUGCAGAGCCGUGGAAGGAGCCCAACCUUGGGGAGACCUUUGAGGGGUCCGAGCCCAGGAUGGUCAGCAGGAGGUACCUGAGCUCCCUGAAGAACAAGCUGUCCAGUGGGGCCUGGAGGAAAUCUUGCCAGCCUGGGACCCACCCUGGGCCAGGGAUGCAGGAGCCUGAGGAAAAGAAGAUCGUCCAGGAGCUCCUGGAGACAGAGAAGGCCUAUGUGGCACGCCUCCAUCUACUAGACCAGGUGUUCUUCCAGGAGCUGCUGAGGGAGGCCCGCGGCAGCAAGGCCUUCCCCGAGGAUGUGGUCAGGCUCAUCUUCUCCAACAUCUCUUCCAUCUACCAGUUCCACGCACAGUUCUUCCUCCCGGAGCUGCAGCGGCGGCUGGACGACUGGACUGCCACCCCCCGCAUCGGGGACGUGAUCCAGAAACUGGCUCCAUUCCUGAAGAUGUACAGUGAGUAUGUCAAGAACUUUGAGCGAGCGGUUGAGCUGCUGGCCACCUGGACUGACAAGUCUGCACCCUUCCAGGAGGUGAUCACCCGCAUUCAGAGCAGUGAGGCCUCCGGCAGCCUGACUCUGCAACACCACAUGCUGGAACCUGUGCAGAGAAUCCCACGCUACGAGCUACUGCUCAAGGAGUACGUCCAGAAGCUGCCAGCCCAGGCCCCAGACCGGGCUGAUGCUCAGAAAGCGCUCGACAUGAUCUUCUCAGCCGCUCAGCACUCCAACGCAGCCAUCACGGAGAUGGAGCGGCUGCAGGACCUGUGGGACGUGUACCAGCGCCUGGGUCUCGAGGACGACAUAGUGGACCCCUCCAACACCCUGCUCCGCGAAGGCCCGGUCCUCAAAAUCUCCUUUCGCCGCAGCGACCCCAUGGAGCGCUACCUUUUCUUGUUCAACAAUAUGCUGCUCUACUGUAUACCCAAGGUCAUCCAGGUGGGCGCCCAGUUCCAGGUGAGGACCCGCAUCGAAGUGGCCGGAAUGAAGGUGCGGGAGCUGACUGAUGCGGAGUUCCCCCACUCCUUCCUGGUGUCGGGGAAGCAGCGCACUCUGGAGCUGCAAGCCCGGUCCCAGGAGGAAAUGAUUUCCUGGAUACAGGCCUGCCAAGCGGCCAUUGACCAAAUCGAGAAGCGGAAUGAAACCUUCAAGGCUGCGGUCCAGGGCCCUGAGGGAGACACCCAGGAGCAGGAGCUGCAGUCCGAGGAGCUGGGCCUCCGGGCACCGCAGUGGGUCCGGGACAAGAUGGUGACCAUGUGCAUGCGCUGCCGGGAGCCCUUCAACGCCCUGACGCGCCGCCGCCACCACUGCCGAGCCUGCGGCUACGUGGAAUCCACGGCACCUCCCCUUGAGUCAGGGUUGGCCUUGCGACUUUGCUUUGACCAGUGGGAUGUGGUGGGGCUGAUGUACAACCUCUGA